GGGCGGAGAUUUACCAUUCAGAUCCUGGAGAAAGAAAGUUGCUGAGUCUUGGAACGGGGAGCAAGUCAAGCCCAGGAAGGGAAGGACGCGGAGGCAGAGCGCACUCCCGCCAGCCCAGCGGGACGCGCGAUGCGGAGUGUCUCCCGGGUCCCGGAGAACUCUGCCGCGGACGCGAGGAUCAGGCCGCCGCGCAACUUCUGAGUCCCCGAGAGCCCCUCGGCGGCGGCGCGAGAGGCAGGGGUCGUCGGGACGCGCCGCUGCCAUGGACGCGGCGUAGCAAGGCGCGGGCGGGUUCUGGGCGCUGCGCUCGCUCGCCUUCGCCGCGGCUGCCCUAACCUGCCGGCCCCCGCUGGAAUGCCUCGCAUCGCGCCUCUUCCCGUGGCCAAGGCGAGCGGUGCCCCCGGCGGCGGCCUUUGCUGAGCCCCCUUGCGCUCGCCCCUCUCCGCCGGAACUGCCCAGAGGUCUUCGGGGGGCUUCUGUCCCCCGGCCCGGCCCCAGCUGCGGCCGUCAUGCCCCGCGGGAGGGGGCUCCUGCCUUGCCCCGCCGCUGCCUACAUCUGCCUGCUCUCCUCCUUCUUCCACAGCGUUCGAGGUCUCAAUGUUUGCACGCGUGGCAGUGCUACCUCUUGUGAAGAAUGCUUACUGAUUCAUCCCAAGUGUGCUUGGUGCUUUAAAGAGGAAUUUGGCAGCAAAAAAUCCAUCACUUCGAGAUGUGACUUCAUUGAAAAUCUGAUUGCCAGCGGUUGUGCAGGGCACUAUGAGAGUACAAAAAGCAGUCUUAAUAUAGUGAAGAACCUUCCUUUGAGCAGAAAAGGCUCUAGUGUGACUCAUUCAGACGUUACCCAGAUAAUUCCUCAAAAGGUUUCUCUCAAUCUACGGCCUGGCGAUCCAACCUCUUUCCAUGUGCAGGUUCGGCAGGUAGAGGACUAUCCUGUGGAUCUGUAUUAUUUGAUGGAUCUUUCCCUUUCCAUGAAGGAUGAUCUGGACACAAUUCGGAACCUGGGAACCAAGCUGGCUGAAGAGAUGGGAAAGCUCACCAGCAAUUUCCGCCUUGGGUUUGGGUCUUUUGUGGACAAGAACAUUUCUCCGUUUUCAUACACGGCGCCAAGAUACCAGAACAAUCCUUGCACUGGUUACAAGUUAUUUCCAAGUUGCGUUCCAUCCUUUGGAUUCCGGCACCUUUUAUCUCUCACAGACAAAGUAGACCGUUUCAAUGAAGAAGUUCAGAAACAGAGGGUUUCCCGUAAUAGGGAUGCCCCAGAAGGUGGCUUUGAUGCAAUCCUUCAAGCUGUUGUGUGUGAGAAGGAGAUUGGGUGGCGGAAGGAGGCUUCUCAUUUGCUCGUCUUCACUACAGAUGAUGUCCCGCACAUAGCCCUGGAUGGGAAGCUGGGUGGAUUGGUGCAGCCACAUGAUGGUCACUGUCACUUGAAUGAGGCCAAUGAAUAUACAGCCUCCAAUCAGCUGGACUAUCCUUCCCUUGCACUUCUUGGAGAGAAACUAGCCGAGAACAAUAUCCACGUAAUUUUUGCAGUAACGAAAGGUCACUAUGUUCUUUACAAGAACCUUACAGCCCUAAUUCCUGGAACAACAGUAGAGAUUUUACAUCCAGACUCCAGGAAUAUUAUUCAGCUCAUAGUCAAGGCCUAUAAUAGCAUUCGGUCUAAAGUAGAGUUAACUGUCUGGGACAGUCCUGAGGGUCUCAACCUUGCUUUUACAGCCACUUGUCAGGAUGGUUUGUCAUAUCCUGGAGUCAGAAAGUGUGGUGGUCUUCAAAUAGGAGACACAGUUUCCUUUGAAAUAUCAUUAGAAGCCCGGAGUUGCCCUGCUGAGAAUACCUCACAUACGUUCAUGAUCAAGCCAGACUGGUUUCGGGACACUCUGGAAGUGACUGUCACCUACAAUUGCACGUGUGGAUGUACAAAGCAGAUUGAGCCAAGCAGCAGCAAGUGCAGUGGGAAUGGCACUCAUGUGUGUGGAUUAUGUGACUGUGACCCAGGCCACGUGGGAGCCAAGUGUGAAUGUGAGGAAGGAGAGGGUGGAAACAUGUAUCAGAAUAUGUGCCGUGAGGCUGAAGGGAAACGUAUCUGCAGUGGCCGAGGGGAGUGCUCUUGCAACCAUUGUGUCUGCUACGAGAGUGAGUUUGGAAAGAUCUACGGGUUAUUCUGUGAAUGCGAUGACUUCUCUUGUCCAAGAUAUAAGGGUGUUCUCUGUUCAGGUCAUGGAGAAUGUUAUUGUGGGGAGUGCAAGUGUCAUCGGAGCUAUAUUGGAGACAACUGCAACUGCUCAACAGAGGUGGAUAGUUGUCUCUCCAAUGAUGGUCAGAUGUGCAGUGGACGAGGCAACUGCAUCUGUGGGAAAUGUCAAUGCACAGAACCUGGUGCCUUUGGAGAAACUUGUGAAAAAUGUCCUACCUGCCCAGGUGUCUGCAGCACAAAAAGGGACUGCAUUGAGUGUAUGCUGUUUAACUCAGGAAGACUGGCCGAUAACCAAACUUGCCAAAAACACUGCCGGGAUGAGAUCAUUACGCGAGUGGAUGUUCUCAAAACAGAUGACCCACACUCAGUCUUGUGUGCUUAUCCCUUGAAGGACUGUGUGAUGAAGUUCACGUACUCAGAACUGACCAGCGGGAAAACCAAUAUUACUGUCCUCAAGGAACCAGAGUGUGGUACUACUCCUGAUGCCAUGAGGAUCUUACUGGCAGUGGUGGGCAGCACUGUGCUUUUAGGUAUUAUUCUCUUGGCAUUUUGGAAGCUGCUUGUCACUGUUCACGACCGGCGGGAAUUUGCCAGAUUCCAAAGUGAGCGCUCCCGGGCAAGAUAUGAAAUGGCUUCCAACCCUCUUUACCGCAAGCCUAUUUCUACCCAUAGCUUAGAUGUCACAUUCAACAAGCUCAGCAGGACCUAUAACGGCACGGUUGAUUGAAAUCAUGCUCAAGGAUACACAAAAGCGAAGGAAAUGCUUGAACAAUUGCUUGGCUUCCUCAUUGCCUCCCCAGAGGAAGAAUCCUUUGCAGUGGGAGAGUAUCUUAAAAUGCAACUUGAGCAUCAGGAGACAGCUUCUGUUUGCACAUUGAGGACAAACAGCCCCUGGGGCUCUGCGCUCUUCAGAUCUCUAACCCAAAGUCCCACUAAUGGGUUUAGAAUCGAUGCAAGACUCUUUUGAUGUCUUGGAAAUGCCAGCAGAUUGAACAUCGUGCCAUACAGCAGCUUCGUACAUAUCUCUAGAGGAAAAGAUAUAGGGAGAGUGUGUUGCUGCCCAUUUUUAGAAGAAAACUAGCAUUGAAGAUGGUGGUGGAAACAUUUUUAAGAAGAUCCAGGUGUUCUGCAGUCUUUAGAUUUUUUAAAAAUAAAAAAUAAAGCAAUUGCAUAUA